AUGCUCGAGAUGACAAAGCAGCAGCAGCAACAGCAACAGUACUUUGCAGACCAGCACAAUGCCUCGGAAGCUAUGGACGUGGACCCACCUAGUGCCUCUUUGGCGGAAGAUUUGUACUUAAACGGAGAUAUCAUCCCUGGUCCAGCCCAGCUGGAUGUGAUAGCUGAGCUGAACGGGGGAGACCAUACAGACGCUGCUAGCGUUGCAAUGGCGCCUCGAGAAGAUGUGGUGCCCAUGGUGUUUAAAUGGGAGCACGGUGGACGGAAUGUGUUUAUUACCGGCACCUUCAAUGGAUGGGACAAGCAGUGCCCGAUGCAUCGCUCUGGCAAUGACUUUACGUACAUUGCGAAUCUUACACGGGGGAAGCACAUGUACAAGUUUGUGGUGGAUGAUGACUGGCGGUUUGCGCCUGAUCAGCUCACGAUGGCAGAUGUCGAAGGCAAUGUGAACAAUUACGUGGACGUGUCGGAGUUUGCCCCGCUGUCGGACUUUGACGGGAAGAACAAGUCACUGGAUGACGACGACGAUGAUGCGGAGAAUCCAUACUCGCGGUACAUUCCCGAGAUUGACGAGUACACGAAGGAACCGCCGCCACUUCCGCCGCAUUUGCGGCACAUCAUACUGAACAAGGCACCGCCUACAGUCGAUGGACGAUUGCUGCCUGUGCCGCAGCACGUGGCGCUGAAUCACCUCUACUGCACGGCAAUCAAGGACGGCAUGAUGGUACUUGGCAUCACCAAUCGCUAUAAGCAGAAGUUUGUGACUACCGUUUAUUAUAGCCUCAUGCCUGGCGCCAACUAG